AUGGCAUCCGUCAUUGAUCAGCUGAACGCGGUAACUCAAAAUUUAGACCUGCUAGCAUCAGCUCUCAGCGAUGUCACUUUGUCACAGGCUGAGUUGCAAACGCUAGAGAUACUGUCUGCAAGUCUUAGAGAUGCUGUUGUUUCAAUCGAAGCCAAAGCCGGAGCAAAGAGGCAAGUAUGGACGGAGCAAAUCUGGAAAGCAAGUGAGGAGCACAGGGUCAGAGCAGAAACCACUGUUUCAGAAUUUCUCAGCAGCGGUAAAUUACGAAACCCCGCAGUUUUUCGAAGAAAUAUAAAGUUGAUUUUCCAGGGCCCGCCUGGAUCGGAAUUUGACUCCAAGGAUACAAAAUGGAGGAAGGAAGUCAUUCAAAAACGAUGUGAAAGGAUACAACAACUGAGUGUGGACGGAGUGAUCUCUUGGGCAAUGAGUCACCCUCCAAGCACUUGGGGUCCAUGCUUUAUGCCAAACGACAUCUUCGACUGUUUAAUAGAUGACAUUGAACCAAGGGACAGGAAGAAUUGGCCAGAAGUAAUACGCAACACCCUCCUGAGACUAAAGGGCGGAGAGGCACAUGGUUGCCUUGGACUUGAUCAGCUUCUUCACGAGCUUACUCGGCCUCGUGACGAAGACACUAGCAGCCAUAACCUACCAACCACAGUGGCAACCAGAGCCAGCGGGCACAUGUUCCGAAAACCGAAUGACCUCCAUCGAGGUAAGAUUAAGAUAAACUGUCUUAUGGCAAUGGAAUCUGAUACCGCCGCAUAG